AGAAUCAGGUUGUGACGAUACUCACCAAAGUCAUAUCAGACUUCUGCUGCACUUAUAUAAGUUGACGCGGAGCAGGUUCCUCAAACACGAAUAGCGGCAGUUGGAGAUAUCGCAGUUCUUUUAGAGCAGCGCAGCCAACAGUCACACAUAGCGCUGUUGCCAUGCCAAGUCUAGUCACGUCGCCACCAAGGGAGCUGCAGCACCUCGACAUGGAUGCGGAGAAUAAGACGAGCGGGAAAGAUAGAGGAGUGACCCUGAAGUCUCGGCUGCAGGGCAGAUCUGCCAACACUGAGCGGCUUUGCUUUGAAGAAAUGUCCCAGUGGUCCCACUCACUAGAGAGGCUUCUAUCAUCCAAAUAUGGCAUUAAGAUAUUCCAGGCCUUCCUGAAGUCAGAGUUCAGUGAUGAAAACAUCGAGUUUUGGCAGGUGUGUGAGGACUAUAAGAAGACCAAGUCCUCCUUCAGGAUGUCUUCCAGGGCCAAAAAGAUUUUCAAAUGCUAUAUUCAAGCAGAGGCUCCAAGAGAGAUCAACAUCGAUCACAAGACGAGGGAUCUGAUCAGGUGGAAUAUUAAGGCGCCCACCACGGUGUGCUUUGACACUGCACAGAGGAUUGUCUACGGACUAAUGGAGAGGGACUCCUAUCCACGUUUCCUCAAGUCUGACAUAUACCAAGCUCUAAUGGACUCCACAUCAGAAACAGUAAUGAUGUAAAGAAAUCAUAUUUACUAGGGGCGUUGUAUUUGUAGAAGCUGGACUGUGAAGCUGAGCACACUCCUGGACUACCUGAGAAAAGCUGUGGUGUGUGUAUGCUUGUCCUGGGACCACUGCUGGCGAUUCUAACCAAAAGCAUCCCCCAACAUAUAACUUCUCAACAUAUCCAUACCUUCUUUUUCUGUUGAGGAAGCCAUUUUUGGGGGGGGGGGGGGGGGGGGGGGGGUGUCGCACCUGUCGUCAUAGCACCAGUACAGUAAAGCUAAGGACUUCCCAGAGAUGCAGCGAUUGCACAGUGACAAUGCUAUAGGGACUUUCUGCGAGAGAUGCCAGGAAGUGUAUCUGGUGCAAAUAACACCUUCCACCCAAAACUCAACAGCUGGUUUCUACAUUUGUACACUAUCUUAUCUGAAGUUUGUUGUAUUGUUGUAUUGACUAAAGCAAUGGAUAAGCAGAUGGCAUUUAGACAUGGCUUUUAUUGUUUGUUCUAGUCGCUCAUCAGUGCUGUCACACUGAAAGUUAUACACUGUUUUGAAAAUCUGUUAUAAUUUAUAUUCCAAGUUUGUGAAAACAUUGUGUGUGUGAAUAUCAAGAUGGAUUUGUGCAUAUUUAAUUAAAAUAAAUAGGAAUGUUGUUUGUGGCCAUUUGGCCAAAUUUAAAUAUUUAAGACAUCUUGUACAUACAGCAUUAUGCCAAUAUUAGUCAAAAUUUAGCCUGUUAUGUUAUCUUUUGAAAUCUUGAGUUUACCACUGGAAUAAAAUAAAUUCUGCGCUCUGGCUAUAUGCACUGCAUUGUAA